UAAAAUAUCGGAGGGAAGUAUUUGCAUGUAACUUCCUGGAAAAAGAGAUGGUCGGUCUCGCGCAUACGUUCCUUCUGUAACAGUGCCCGUGGCUGCGCUAGAAGGGUCCAAAGUGUCUGAGACAUUUUGCUUGUUCAAACGUUUGCUAGCUAGGUUGGCACACUAUUUACAAGCUGAAGUCUGGUACGCACAGCUGUGGAGCACCGAGAGAUAUACUGUAACCCUGCCAAGAUCGUCACUUCAAAUAACCAUGCCGCGCAUUGAGAAUGACAUCAAACUUGACUUCAAGGACGUACUUCUUCGUCCCAAACGUAGCACCCUAAAGUCUCGGAGUGAGGUGGACUUGAUGCGCAGUUUCACAUUCAGAAACUCAAAGGGCAGUUACAGAGGCAUCCCCAUCAUUGCUGCUAACAUGGACACAGUUGGAACCUUUGAGAUGGCUGUGACAUUGCAUCAGUUCUCACUUUUCACUGCUGUGCACAAGCAUUACUGUAUUGAUGACUGGAAAGAAUUUGCAGCGGGUCACCCAGAAUGCCUAGAGAGUUUGGCGGUCAGUACUGGUGCAAGUGAGGGAGAUUUUGAGAAGCUUGGUGCUAUUUUAGCAGCUGUGCCUCAGAUACAAUACAUUUGUGUCGAUGUAGCAAAUGGUUACUCUGAACACUUUGUGCAUUUUGUCAAAGACGUGAGGCAGAAGUUUCCUUCACACACCAUCAUGGCUGGUAAUGUCGUCACUGGAGAGAUGGUGGAGGAGCUGAUUCUUGCUGGUGCUGACAUCAUAAAAGUUGGCAUUGGUCCAGGCUCAGUGUGCACCACCCGUAAGAAGACCGGUGUGGGAUACCCACAGCUGAGCGCUGUGAUUGAGUGCGCGGACGCUGCACACGGCCUGGGUGGACACAUCAUCUCUGAUGGAGGAUGCACCUGCCCAGGUGAUGUCUCUAAGGCUUUUGGGGCAGGGGCAGACUUUGUGAUGCUAGGUGGAAUGCUGGCAGGUCACAUGGAAAGUGGGGGUGAGAUCAUCGAGAAGAAUGGCAAGAAGUACAAACUGUUCUAUGGCAUGAGCUCUGACAUGGCCAUGAAGAAACAUGCAGGAGGAGUGGCAGAGUACAGGGCCUCAGAGGGUAAGACUGUGGAGGUGGCCUAUAAGGGCCCGGUUGAGGAUACAGUGAAAGACGUGCUGGGUGGUGUUCGCUCCACCUGCACCUACGUGGGAGCCGCUAAGCUGAAGGAGCUGAGUCGCCGGACCACCUUCAUUAGAGUGAGUCAGCAACUUAACACUGUGUUUGGAAAUGACACCUAGGCCACUGUGGUGAGUGGUGACCUGUGAACCACCAAAUUCAUUCCAGGCUCAAUGGGCCAUUUUUGAGCAAAUAGCCAAACUAUGCUGUCCAUGCAAUGGUUUAUAUUUUAUAUAUCUAUCUUUAAAUUUGUCUGACACACACACACCCCUAAAUGCAAUUCAUACAUCCACGUGCACACAAUGCACAGGCUA